AGUUAUACGUCUGAUAAGGGAGAAGCUGCUGCUGGAGAGUGAAGUGCUCCUCCGUGCCAGAGUUUCUUUGGAGAAGAAAAAUCUUAAGAUGGCAGACAAAGGAAGUAAGACAGACUGCAUGUCGUGCAGUGUACUGAACUGGGAGCAGGUCAGCCGCCUGCAUGAGGUUCUUACAGAGGUGGUUCCGAUCCAUGGCCGAGGUAACUUCCCAACGCUGAAGAUCACUCUGAAGGACAUUGUUCACACAGUUCGGAGUAGGCUGAGUGAAGCAGGCAUUGUGGUACAUGAUGUCCGUCUGAAUGGCUCUGCAGCUGGUCAUGUCCUGGUCAAGGAUAAUGGGCUGGGAUGCAAGGACCUGGAUCUCAUUUUUCAAGUUUCUCUUCCAAGUGAGGCAGAGUUUCAGUUAGUUCGAGAUGUGGUGUUGCGAUCCCUCUUGAAUUUCUUGCCAGAAGGAGUAAGCAAGCUAAAAAUCAGUCCAGUAACACUGAAGGAAGCCUACAUCCAGAAGCUAGUCAAAGUGUACACAGAGUCUGACCGUUGGAGCUUGAUAUCACUUUCCAACAAACAUGGUAGGAAUGUGGAGCUGAAGUUUGUAGACUGUAUACGACGACAGUUUGAGUUCAGCGUGGACUCCUUCCAAAUCAUACUAGACUCCCUGCUAUUUUACUAUGACUACUCAGAAACCCCCAUGUCGGAGCACUUCCAUCCAACUGUGAUUGGGGAGAGUAUGUAUGGAGACUUUGAAGCAGCUUUUGAUCACCUCCAGAACAAGUUGAUAGCCACCAAAAAUCCUGAAGAGAUCAGAGGUGGUGGGCUUCUGAAGUAUAGUAACCUCUUAGUGCGAGACUUCAGGCCCAUGGAUAAGGAUGAGAUCAAAACAUUAGAGCGCUACAUGUGCUCCCGAUUCUUCAUAGACUUCCCAGACAUCCUGGAUCAGCAGCGUAAGCUAGAGACCUACCUCCAGAACCACUUCUCCAAAGAAGAGAGGAGCAAAUAUGACUACCUCAUGAUUCUGCGCAGGGUGGUGAAUGAGAGCACGGUCUGUCUCAUGGGACAUGAGCGAAGGCAGACUCUCAACUUGAUUUCUCUGCUAGCGCUCAAGGUGCUGGCAGAACAAAACAUCAUCCCUAAUGCCACUAAUGUUACCUGUUACUACCAGCCAGCACCUUAUGUUAGUGAUGUAAACUUCAGCAACUACUACCUUGCAAAUGCUCCUGUGCCAUACAGCCAGUCCUACCCCACUUGGCUGCCUUGCAAUUGAUUGCUUCACUUGAAUGUUCUUGAAUGGAGGCUACUGAAGGCCAAGAUGCUGAGUGUAUGUAGACAAGUAAUAAGUGUCGGAGGUUUUCUAAUGGAAACAUGACUGCAUCGGACUGUCGAUUUCCUGGUGUGCAGUAGGAAUGUGCAACCAGGUGACCUGCUAUCACUAUAUCUCUACAAUUGCUGAGAAGCCUUAUUACCUCUUCAUUAGGAGAAGAAAACCAGCAGCCAAAUGUUAAGAGGAGUAGUUACAAAACUGUACUAGUUCUGGAAGUGGCUAUUAACAUGUGAUUUAAGUGGAGUAUUCGGUGAACUGGAUUAGUUAACUGACUGUAAAAUGUCUUUAGCAGAGCAGAAGCCACUCUUGGAGCAGCAGCAAAACUGUUUUCUAUUGCCUAACCUCAUUAUUCUGUACUUCCUCAGUUCAAGUUCUGGCCAACUUUCUAUUGAACUAAUUGUGCAAAAGUGGCUCGUGUCAUACUUGGGCUGCUUAUACUUCCUGGCUGUGUAGAACUGGUAAUAGUAUGGAUACUGUCUGUUUUGUAAAGGACCUAAAUGUUGUUUCCUGUAGUACCUAGGGGUAUAUGGUCCUGCCUCAAGUUCAAGAUGAAUUUCUUGGAAGUUAAAGAUGGAUUAGUAAGUUUAUCUUUAAAACAUAAGCUGGCUAAAUUUUUCUUGAGUACAUAAAUUUGGAAGGUGGCAUUUCUAAACAUGCAUUCAAAACACAAUCUAAAUCUUGGUAAUGUGAAAAGUCCUUGAAAUGAGGAACUGAAGCCUUAAAUGGAAUUGGAACCACAGUUUGAAUAGUUGAAUCCAGGCUCAAGAUAAAGUCUUUCUGAAUGCAUCUUUCAAAACCAUUUUUGUCACAGCUGGAAAGUAGCACAGCUCUUGCAUUGAAAUUUACCCCAACUUUCUUCCUCACAGGUCCACAGCAAGCAAAAAAAGAAAAGCCACCACCAAAAAAACCAAACCACUAAGUUGCAGGGUGGACGUGCACUCCUGCCACAGCACAAAUUCCUAAAGUGCCUCUGAAAAUGAAUUUCUUAUUGUACAACUUCAGGCGGGUCCUGAAGGCUUGUCUUUCUGUCACCACUGAAGGGUUGAGCUUCCUGGUUUAUCACUAUCACCUGGUCACUGUAUGAGAUGGUAUUUUGAGUGGUUAGGGUAAAAUUCUUCCUCUUUAUUGGUCUUAACCCUCACCUGAAGAGGUAUAUAAACCCUCAACAGAACUCUCCACAGAAGCUGUAUGUGUUGAAAGCCUGUCCCUGUUUUUAGAAUAUCCUCUAGAAGAGCAUGUAUUCCCUUGGAGGUGUAGGGGGCUGACCUUCCUAAAGGGUAUGUGCUGAACUUGCUGCUUUGGAACUCCUGUGCUUUAUAAGGAAGGUUAAAAAUUCCCCAGUUAUGUUUAUAGUGGUAUUAAACUGGUAUAUUAACUGGAUGAUUUUCACUGAAUUGCAAUAGUAAAAUAGAUGUAGCAAAUGAUCUUGAGUUUCCUUUGCUUGCCAGAGAAGUAGACUAAAAAGGUAAAUAUAAGAGCUAUUUAAUAUGUAUUGGUGCAAUCUUCAAGAAUACCUGUUUGCUAAACCUUUUUUAUGACUUCUAGCUGUCUCUGCAAGCUUGUGAGACCAAAAUGGCUGAUCAAACAAAUGAUUUAAGAUUAGAAGGUAAACCAGAAAGCAGGUGAAACACCAAGGUAUGGUUGCUGUUGAAGGUGGAAAACAGUAGCAGUGCAGCACUUAAAUGGCAGUAAAAAAACUUGCCUGUUCCUCAUAGGACCAAAACCUUCUGGUUACAUUGCAAGUUCUCUCACUUUUCGUAACUACUUCAUAAAGAUUGCCUCCACAGAGCAGUGAGGUUGCUCUUCUGUUCAGACUUCCUAAUUUAGCUUAGGAAGGCAGGGAGGGAUACAGAAAACAGACUGUAGCAGAGUAUGCUUUAGCUUAAUUUUUUUUUUUCCCAACAAUCUUGUAAGCAACUUCAGUAGCAAAUAGACAAAUAAUUUGGUGUCUUCUGUUGUGGUUUUGGGUUGGUUGGUUUGUUUUUUGAUUUUUUUUGUUUUUUCAUUAGAGGCUUCCUGAGUAGUCAGCUAAAGUAGCUAAACUUGAAAGUGAACCCAGCCUUUUUUAUUAACUGUGGCUUGGACUUGGUGUAGCUUACGGACAAGGCACCUCUCACCCAAGACUUAAAUUAUUUGGAAGGCUUUUUUAAAACUAACAUGAUGCCAGUGUUGUCAUGUGUGUUAAACUUAGUGCAGGCUUACUACUGGAAUGCAAACUUAGGCAUGAGUAACUUUGGCAUGCAAGGCCUAGUAUAAAGUGUCACUAGAAAGAAGGAAGUCUUUUGCUUAGGAGUCUGUAAUUGCUAUCAUCUUUUAAAUAGAUGUUUUUAAAGCCAGCCUGAGCUAUGUCCAUUGCAGAAGUAAACCAUUGCCUAGAGGCAAUGUUUGAUUUGCAUAUCAAAUAGCCUAGACUUACAUAUAUGUCCUGUCGUGGCUGGUUUUUAGAAACUGUUCCUGUGCAUCAGCUCAUGUGGAAGAAGUGGUCGGAGACUCAGGAGGAGUCCUCACAAACUUGAAGCAGAUUUGUUUUGCUAGUCUUCAAAUGCCUUAGCUGCUGAACAUCAGGCCAGGUGCAUCUACUGGAAAAGGAAGUGCUAGAAAAAAGGCUAUAAUGGAUCCCUACUGAGAUAGGGCUGGGGAGAAUUUCAGCUUUCUGCCAUAAAACUCUACUUUUACUAAAGAACUUACUGUUGAGGUCUCUAAGGAAGCUUUAUGUUGAAUGGCUGCUUACUGAGCAGCUGACUUCCUUGGUUUAAGCUUUGCAGGACUGCUGUGCUCCCUGUCUGUUUCUUAAGUUGCUCUGGCAUAUGAGAAACAUCAAUGCUUUGUAGCCUGGAUGCUAGAUGUUAAGCACUUGAAUAGUUAAAACUGUAUCCAGAAACUGCACACUACUGCAUUGGCCCUGCUGUAUAAGGGAUUGCGGGGACACUGUCUCAUUGCCUUCAAAAUAAUCCUGGUUUGGUAUGUAAAGCUGGAGUACUCAGUAGCUUUUCAUUAUUGUGUUGCAAGCAGCCUACCCCUUUCUGUUUCAAGUUGUCCUAGCAGCCUCAUGUUGCAUGUGGCAGUGGCUUAAUUUGGUGUGUGCUAGCUGGUUUGGGUUCAGGUCUAUGGUGGUCCCUGUAGCAAGGAGUAACACGAGAACAAGCACUAGGUAAGUUAAAAGUGAUGACCUUAGGACAAGUCUAGGCUGCCUGUUUGAUUCGGUCUCCGUUCAGUACUUGAUGAUGCCUCUGCAAACCUACUCUAUCCUCCGUUACUCACUUGUGUGUCAAGUGGAGGUUAAAGAAAGACUACUACACUUCCCCUUACUGCAUUCCCUCUGUGGGAAUCAAAACAAAGCUGCAGUAACACUAGAAUGCAAGUCUAGCAUCAGUGCAUCAUUCCUCAGGACUGGGCUUCUAGUAAACUAGACAGUGCAGUUUAAAAUAGCUGUUUUCUUUCUGUAGUUUAUAAACUCUGCUGGGCUUAGCCAGUCCAAGGUUAAGCAUCUGCGGUAUUUAUUGCCAAGCUCCCCCUUGACUUACAGUCUAUUGGUGUGACUUCCUCACUGUAAGAAAUUUUUUUAUUUGAUAAGGAUGCUACCAGGGAGACCUAGUAGUAGACUGGGUGUUAGUCACUUUGGUAAAAUCCUUAUGCUGAUCCAUGGUAACUCUGAAAAGUUGUAAGGGAAAGCAUACUUCACGCUCCCUGAGUUCAAGAUUUAAUUCUUGCUGUGUGUGUCCUUAGCUAGUUCAGUCAGUCACUAAGAUGGGCAUUGAAGACUCCUGCUUGCUUUCAAGUAACUAUUUUUCUAAAGAUCUUCACACUUUAACAGUCAUAAUCCUGUCUACAAAGCAGUAGGUAGUAUUUAAAUCUAGUCCGAAUACCUGAAGCUUUUUAUUGAAACUUAAAGACCCAUAUUUUGGGAUUGAGUUCUGUGGGUAAGCAUUUGGUAUGUCUUGUGCUUAGGCUUUGUGGGCUUCUGAUCACUAGAAUAACUACUAAUGUUGGUAGUGAUCUCUGCUUAUUGCUAUAUGAGUGCUUGGGAAAAGACCUCAUAGAAGAGAACUUGGACAAAUAGCUUCAAUUCUAAGCUGUCAGUGUACUGAUAGGACUUUUUUACCAUUCCUCACACUCAUCUCAGUCAGUCAGGUUGCCAUAAUUGUUGAGCACAGGAAUAAGCAAUAAAUUGACCAUAGUCACUGGCAGCUUGAUCAAAUUUGGGCAUUGGGAGAGCCAAAUGGAUAGUAAUACUUAUAGCCUUUGCAUCUGGAUCUUAACAAUUUGUUAAAUAUGAUGAGGUAUAUUUCUUAUGUUCUUUAAUUUCAAUGAAACUAGUUAUAAGAUGGGAUUCUGGGCUGUAAUUGUAGAAGCUUUGGGGGGAAUGGUUGGAGCACUCUGGUUUUUCUCACUCGGAAGAGAAGGUCGCUCACCGAAGUGUCUGGAUUGGGCUCGUCUGAUUAAAAUUGAACUUUCUGUUAAAAUUUAGAAGGCCUUUUUUUCUAUGUUUAUCUCAAUUUUUUUACUAUUAAAAGAAGUCAGCUCUUGCAAAAUCCUUCUCAUACCUCUUCAGAAGAAAUGAGUUGGUUUUUUGGUUUGUUUUGGGUUUUGGUAUUUUUUUUGUUUUGUUUGGUUGUUGUGGUUUGUUUUUGGUUUUUUUUUCUUUUUUUUUAAGCUGGCAAAACAAGGUACUAGAAAUACUUGGAAUUGUGAUGAGCCCAAAUGUGAGAUUGGUCACAGUAACUUUGUCUACUGUUCUGCACUGUGGUGUUCACUUGUCAUUCUUGGAAUUUGAGUUUUGGACCUUAAUGAUUCUGAAAUUCUUGUGCAAAUAAACUUAUGCUAAACACU